GGAAAAGAGGAAAGGGGAGGAGGAACCGGCGCAGCGGCUGCAGCUGCCGCUGCGGGCGGGCGAGGGGCGAGGCGAUAGCGGGAGAUCCAGGCUCGCUCUCCCCGCGGAGCAGCGGCGCAGGCGGCGGGCCGAGCCGGGGCCCCGGCGUGUGGCCGGUGUGCGCGCAGGCGGCAUGGGGGAGCCUCCCACUCGCCCCGCGCCCUAGCGGCGGCCAGAGGCUGAAGGAGAGGCGGCCGCCCGCCGGAGGGUCCCGGGGCGGCCCCGCUUCCAGGGCAUGUGGUGAUGGCUGAUGAGAAGAGACUGCAAGAAUACAGGGUGCUUUGCAUUCGAGAAUACAGAAAAAACAGCAAAGUGGAGUCAAGUACACAUAACAGCUUCAUGGGCUUGAAGGAUCAUCUGGGGCAUGACCUAGGCCACCUUUAUGUGGAGAGCACUGACCCACAUUUAAGUACAUCUGUACCUUGGUCAAUGGUAGAAAAACCAACAAUGGAUAAAGUUAAUUCCGGGAAGGAAGAAAAGGAGGUGUCUGAAGAGAAUGCGAGCUCUGGUGACUCUGAAGAAAGCACAAAUUCUGAUAAUGAGUCAGAACAAUUGAGUAGCAUUUCAGUAGAGCCAUGCUUAUUAACCAAGACUCACAGACAACUAUGUAGGUCUCCAUGUUUAGAGCCUCAUGUACUCAAACGCAGUGAAAUUUUGCAAGACUUUAAACCUGAAGAGUCUCAGCCAACCAGGGACGUGAGGAAACCCCCGGAUGUGAUGCGAGAGUACCAAACAAAACUGGAGUUUGCACUGAAGUUAGGUUAUUCUGAAGAACAGGUUCAGCUUGUGCUAAACAAACUUGGUACCGAUGCUUUAAUCAAUGAUAUUUUGGGAGAACUUGUCAAACUUGGAAAUAAAAGUGAGGCCGAACAAACAGUUAGUACAAUUAACAGUAUAAUGAGGGAAACGUCUUCCCUGGAAUCUCAGCGGUCUGAAUCUCCGAUGCAAGAGAUUGUAACAGACGAUGGGGAAAAUCUGAGACCAAUAGUUAUCGAUGGCAGCAAUGUGGCGAUGAGCCAUGGAAACAAAGAAGUCUUUUCCUGCCGAGGAAUAAAAUUAGCAGUGGAUUGGUUUUUGGAAAGAGGCCACAAGGAUGUUACCGUCUUUGUUCCUGCUUGGAGGAAAGAGCAGUCCCGACCUGACGCGCUCAUCACAGAUCAAGAAGUUCUACGUAAAUUAGAGAAGGAGAAAAUCCUGGUGUUCACACCGUCCCGGAGAGUGCAGGGGAGGCGAGUGGUGUGCUAUGAUGACAGGUUCAUCGUGAAGCUGGCGUUUGAGUCGGAUGGUAUAAUUGUAUCCAAUGAUAACUACAGGGAUUUGGCAAAUGAGAAACCAGAAUGGAAAAAGUUCAUAGAUGAGCGACUGUUAAUGUAUUCAUUUGUCAAUGACAAGUUCAUGCCCCCAGAUGACCCUCUUGGCAGACAUGGCCCAAGCCUGGAUAAUUUUCUGAGGAAGAAACCUAUUGUUCCUGAACACAAAAAGCAGCCUUGUCCAUAUGGAAAGAAGUGUACCUAUGGACACAAGUGCAAAUAUUAUCAUCCGGAAAGGGGCAGUCAGCCUCAGCGGUCAGUGGCUGAUGAACUGCGUGCCAUGUCUAGAAACACAGCAGCCAAAACUGCAAAUGAAGGAGGACUGGUGAAAAGCAACAGUGUCCCCUGCAGCACUAAAGCCGACAGCACUUCCGAUGUCAAGCGAGGUGCUCCAAAGAGGCAAUCGGAUCCAAGCAUAAGGACUCAAGUCUACCAAGACCUAGAGGAAAAGCUUCCCACCAAAAACAAACUGGAAACCAGGUCUGUACCUUCCUUAGUUAGUAUACCGGCUACUUCUACCGCAAAACCCCAAAGCACUACAUCGUUAAGCAAUGGCCUUCCAUCUGGAGUUCAUUUCCCACCUCAGGAUCAAAGACCACAGGGACAAUAUCCUCCAAUGAUGAUGGCAACCAAAAAUCAUGGAACGCCAAUGCCUUAUGAACAGUAUCCAAAAUGUGACUCGCCUGUCGACAUUGGGUAUUAUUCCAUGUUGAAUGCAUACUCAAAUCUGAGUGUCUCAGGCCCACGAAGUCCUGAAAGGCGUUUCUCCUUAGACACAGAUUAUAGGAUAAGCUCUGUCGCCUCUGACUGCAGCAGUGAAGGGAGCAUGAGCUGCGGAAGCAGUGACUCGUACGUGGGGUACAAUGACCGCUCCUACGUCAGUUCUCCUGACCCACAGCUGGAAGAGAAUCUGAAGUGUCAACACAUGCACCCUCACAGCCGCCUUAAUUCUCAGCCCUUCCUGCAGAAUUUCCACGACCCCUUAACCAGAGUGCAGAGUUACAGUCACGAAGAACCAAAGUACCAUCACAAGCCUCCUCUCCCACAUCUGGCCGUGCACCUGCAGCACCCCGCCGUGGGGGCCCGGUCCAGCUGUCCCGGCGAUUACCCAUCUCCUCCGAGUUCAGCACACUCGAAGGCACCACACCUAGGGCGGUCCUUAGUGGCCACGAGAAUAGACAGCAUUUCUGACUCUCGGCUGUACGACAGUUCUCCUUCCAGACAAAGAAAGCCUUACGCCCGCCAGGAAGGGCUGGGAAGCUGGGAUAGGCAGAGCUACGGGGUCGACGUGUACGGCUACCGGCAGACUUAUUCUUUGCCUGAUACCUCCACGCAGCCGUGUUACGAGCAGUUCACCUUCCAGAGCCUCCCUGAGCAGCCGGAGCCCACCUGGCGCGUCCCGUACUGCGGGGUGCCGCAAGACCCCCCCAGGUACCAGGACAGCCGAGAAAAGAUUUAUAUCAACUUGUGCAACAUCUUCCCGCCUGACCUUGUGAGAAUUGUCAUGAAAAGGAACCCUCACAUGACAGACGCCCAGCAGCUGGCUGCAGCCAUUUUAGUGGAGAAAUCACAGCUGGGUUAUUGAAAGAUGAUGCAUCUUUGUGGUGUUUAGUAGUUUUUUGUUCAGCUCAAAUGCUGAGGGAGGUUUGCUACAAUAGCACAUGUGAUCUCCUUCUCAGCAAGGAGGUUCUAUAGUAUCCAUUUAUGUGAAAUACUGUAUCAUGGAAUCUGUAUGUAUAGCCCCACAUAGUGGAAGUAUCACGGGAUUGCUUUACAUUCAAACUUUUUUUUAAUAUUUCCUUUUUAAAGCUAUAUCCUUGGCUGGAAGUUUUUCCAGUUUGAUUUAUUAGAUGUAUCUGUGAUCUUUGAUAUUAAUCUUUGGUGCAUCAGGGGUUUAUAUGCAGCACUUUUUAUCCUUGUUUCAUGUUUUAUUAACUUGGUGUUUGUCUAUCAAUUGCAAGCAAUUACAAUACCCUCAGAAUGUUGAACAUUUGACUAGACCUAGCAAACUAUUUUUUCAAGCCAAGCAUAAUUGGAAUCUUUUACAGCUUUUUAAGUUAUUUUUAUUUGGGGAACG